UCGAUACCCCACUCCAAGCCCCACCAUCUCCAACAAUGACUUCCAAAUCUGCAGCACUUGCACUCUUCCUCCAAGCGUUUGCACUGGUGUUAUACCAGAUCCACGCAUUCCCUACACCUGGAGGACUGAAAGACAAAGAUGAAUACAAUCGGGAAUUGUCAGCGGAAAGACCAGUAGAGGAACAGAUUGCUGAAGCCGGACGGACCAGUCAGUCAACAUCUACAGAGAACAAGGCCCCGCAACAGAACGAUUCGGCUGCAGAUGAUUUCCUUCUGCUAAAGUCCUUAGCAGAGCAAGAAAGGAGUCAGAAGAGAGACCAUGCCGCAAGAAACUCCCUGGGUGGUUCUUCUCCUCCCUCUGGCAACACGGAUUCAACCAAAAGCAGAAGACUGGCGCAGGACUACGGUGAUUCCACCAAAAAUGCAAUGGAUUACAACGAUGAAGAUGACCCCGACGGUCUUCACCAACUGGACGGGACACCCUUAACAGCUGAAGACAUUGUCCAGAAGAUUGCCAACAGGAUUUAUGAAGAAAACGACAGAGGGGUGUUUGACAGAAUUGUUUCCAAGCUCCUAAACCUGGGAUUGAUCACGGAAAAUCAGGCUUACAAUCUAGAGGAUGAAGUAGCAGCCGCUCUGCAACAACUUAUUGCCAAUGAAGCUAAUAAGAAUGAAGUGGAGGUUGGAAAUAUUGAUUACCCGAGUAUGAAGGUAGAUGAUGACAUGAGUGAAAGAGAAGAGGAGAAAAUGAAAAUGAAAAAGCCUAAUAAGAAUGCAGAUGACUUCGUGAAAGAGGAGGGUGAUGGUCCUCUGGGCAACAGCUGGGUCUCAACCAAUAACAUGGAUCAAAGAAGCAGUGCACCCACCACCGAUGAUCUGGAUGAUCUUCAGUAUUUUCCAAACUUCUACAACCUGCUGAAGAGUUUGAAUACAGAGCAAGGUGCAAAAGAAAAAGAAACAUUAAUAACCAUAAUGAAGACAUUAGUUGAUUUUGUGAAGAUGAUGGUGAAAUAUGGAACUAUUACACCCGAAGAAGGUGUUUCAUAUCUGGAGAAUUUGGAUGCAACGAUAGCCGUGCAGACAAAGAACAAGCUUGGUAAAGUAAAGGCUUAUCCCAUGAGUAAGGAAGCAGCAGAUAGGGGUGAUGACAUAGACAGCACAAAGAACAAUUUUGGAAAGCUGCAGAAAGAGACUGCAAGUUCUGAGGACUCCACAAAAGAGGAAGUAGAAAAAACAGAGAAUUCCAAAGAUUUUGACAAAACAGAAUCUUAUCUAAUGGCGAUCAGAAAGAAUAUUGAGUGGUUGAAGAAACACAACAAGCAAGAAGAUGGAGAAGAGUAUGACCUUCAGAAGCUGCGUGACAUCAUUGAUCAACAAGUUGACACCUACGUACAGAAAGGAAUCCUGGAGAAGGGAGAAGGAGAUGUCAUCAAACGUAUUUACAACAGCCUGUGAAAUUCUCCAACGUAUGAGGGAAGUCUCCUGGUUGUCAUAAUCCUUCAACAAUGGCCGGCAAUGCAACUUCACUUACUUCUAGUUCAUAUUAGGCUGUGUAUAAUAGAUUUUUUUUCUGGCUAUUCUGCAACGUCAAGCAGGUUCUAAACUAGAAUAGGGGAACA